UUCAGAUGAAAAUGGGUUAGAAUAAAAUUAUGGAGGAAAUUAGUGAGGAAAAAACCAAGCUUAUACUUCAUUGUCUUUAUAUAAUACUGAAUGAAUUCUUUGAUACAAAGCAACAGUUGCUGUGGGUGCAUUUUCUGAAGAAAAAAGCAGUAGUUUCGAAAGGUCAAGCCAAGAAAGUAGAAAAGGAAUUCAAGAAAGAUGAAUAUGAAAAGGGAAUAUCUAAGCUUAUCGACUAUAUGGAAAAGAGAGAAUGUCUCAUUAAGUUGGAAAGAUCAUUGGAGUGUGAAGAUUUUCCUGCAGAAAACAACACAAAAGUAUUGUUAACCCACAUCAUAACUCAUAAAAAUGAAGAUUUGUUGCUUUGUUUUCAUCAUUGGCAUCAAUUGCAUCAAUUACGAGACACUUUAAAGGAUUCAUCUCUCGAUUCAUCCGAGAAUGACGAUGAGAAGUUCAGAAAACAACUAGUGUUUGCAGCUUUGCAUGAAAUCACUGAGAAUAAAGAAGAAAAAACUGUCUUACAUGCAGUACGUGAUAUGAUGCCAAGAUUUCAGAUCGAUUCAGAUACAACAAAAAUACAUGCUAGUCUGAAGAGACAUGCAGAAUCUUCAGGACUUCAAACAAAACCUAUUGCAAGCCAGAAUAGUCCUCAAACCAAUAUUGGUAAUAAGUUUGGACCAACUAAUGAAAAGAAACCUAGAGUAACCUAUGAUAUUGAAAGAAAAAACUUGAAAAGAUCAAAGGAAAAAGAUGAAGCUAAUACAGAUUCUAAAAGAUCUAGGUCUAAGGGAAACGAGACAAGUGAUGAAAGAGACCAAGAAAAUCAGAUAACAAAGCAGAAAGUGCAAGAUAUUAUGGAAACAAGAAAUAAGAAAAAGAAAUUAAAGAAGGAUAGACUGAAACCUCCUGGUGAAACUGAACCUAAUUUGGAAGGAAGAAAAGAAAAUAAAGCGCAAAAGAAUCAGAACACAGAAAAAAGAGCCGCACCAAAUGUAGCAGAAGAGAAGGAGGAACAAAAUGAGAAAGAACAUAAGCAAAUAACUGGACAAAGUACAGAGAAGGGAGAAGGAAAGAAGUCGCAAAAGAAUGAAGACACAAAAGAAGCUGAUACAAAUCAUGCCGUGCGAGAAAACUUACAAAAUCAACAUUCAGCAAAGAAAAGGAAUUCGCCAAUUAAGGACAUUCCAGAACAAAACUUAGAUGACGGUUGCAUCAAGUUUUUUGUGUCCUUUUCACCGGAAUUCUACCACGAUCCGAAAAACAGCGGCAUACUAAUCUAUCUAGAUUGCUUUGAAGAAAAGUGUCUAUACAAAAUGGCUUAUCAUGAAGGAAAUGAUUACUAUUUUUGCACUAUACAACGUAUGAAAAAUUGGACAGAAUUACUAUAUAAAUUUUGCUAUGUUGAUACCAGUAACCAAGAAAAUUGGGAAUCAUUGCCUUCACAUGUAUGGAAUGUAAAUAGAUAUAUUGAUCUAUCAGAGAAAGCCGAUACCAUUUCAUCAUACAAUGUUUUUAUAUUUUAUAAUGAUCAACGAUAUCCAUGGGGAGAUUUGUGGUGUAGUGGAAUGGGAAAAUUUUUGCCAAAUGGAUUUUCAAAUAAACAUUUCGGUGAACUGCUGGCAUGGAUUAAAUGUGUCCAAAGUGGUUGGAGCUGGAAUAUCGAUUGGUAUUAUAAUUACACGAAUAAUGUGAAACCAUCGCAACAAGUGGUUGAAACAUUGUUGCAUUCCUGGAUCAAAUCAUUCGAUAAUAGAAAUGACAAACAGGAAAUUAUUAAUCACAUUAUUGCCGCAUUGGAAUUGAUUGUUGGACUGCGAAAGGAAAAAUAUGAUAUUGCUACUUCUGAUUUUUUGUCGAAGAUAUUUGCUACCUUGGAUACAAGCGAUUUGGAUGACAAUGAUAUAUCAAAAAUAUAUGAUAGUCUUACAGAGAUUCUUUCUAGUUGCAGCAUUCGCCUACCGACAAUUUCUGAUGCAUUACAUGCGUUGUUCAAGAAACUUGAGAAAUCACCCAGUCCCAAUUGGUUAUUGGCACUUCCCCUGUAUUGGAAAUUUGCAAAUGGAGAUGCUAAAGAUGACAAAUAUCAAUACUGCAAUCUGUGUUCAUUGCCAGUAAUUCAAAAGUUUGAUUGGACAAAAGUUUGGCGAGCUUUCUGUGGUGGAGAUUUACAAAAAUCAUUGCUGGAAAUGAUUCCAACCAUCAAGAGUAUUUCAAAAAGAUAUCCAUGGAUUGCCGGUAAUUUUGCAUUCACACUGCGCACUCCAGAAAUGUUGGAAUUAAUCAAAAAUACAGAUCACAAAGAUUUGACAACUCUUUUUCCUAUUGAUAUUGUUCUAUACAGAUGCUUGGAUUUUUAUCAAAAUAGAAAAUAUUCAAAACUUGAAGAUGAGUCAUUUACGUCAUAUGUUCAUUACCAAAUUGAUAAAAUGUGUGAAAAAAAAUUCCAUGAGAGCUGUCCUAUGAGUGCGGAAGUUGUAAAACAGGAAUUCCAAAGAGCCCUGAAAUAUAUUAUAGAGUUUUUGAAAAAGAACAAUGGUUACAGAAGGACAGAUACGCUUUGGUGCCUACAGGUUGUAACAAAACUCGAAAAAUACUUUUUUGAAACACUAGAAUUGUCAAAAGAAUCAGAUUGUCAUAUUAUUCAAAAACUGUUUUUGGAACUUCGCAAACAGAUACUUUUUGAAAUCACGAAGCAAAGAGAAUUAUUUACUACACAAAUUCAGUUUUUAGGAAAUGUCAUCUCGACAAAAUGGAUUAAUCCAGAAUUUCAAACAGAAUGGAAAAAACAAAUUAAAGACAAAAUAGAUGCUUUAAUUCAGCAAAAAUGGAAAGAGGAGAUAAAAUUCAUGGAAUAUUAUUCUGAAGAUCUUGGCAAACAAACUUUGCAAAAAGAUAUUGAGGAUUGUUUCAAUGAAAAAGCUUUUCAAUGUGCUCAAACAAUGUUGUCACGAAGUCGAAAAAAUGAUGGCUUUUUUACUAGAUUCUUUGCAUCAGAUAAUUCAAUUAAAAACAAAAGAUUGUAUAGCAUAUUUGAACAAGUUUUCUUGAAGGAAUAUGACAAAAAUAAGUCUUUUGACUUGAGUUCUGCUCUCCAGUUUCUUUUCCAAUGGUCUUUCUCAGUUCAGUUUUAUCAACUAUUCUACAAAGAAUCUGCAAUAAAGCAUUUCAGAGAAGGUACUAAGGUAUUAAUAGAACAAAUUGCUGAUUAUUUCCAAGAAUCUGCAAUACAGCUAGAAACUGCUGAAAUCUCUGUUAAAGACCUUGAAUUGAUUUUAAAACACAAAACUGAAUAUUCUCUUCUGCAUUCAACCAUAAAAGCAGCUUUUCGAAAGGAAAGUUCUUCUGUUGAUGAUGCUAGCCAGGAAAUGGAAAUAUUUAAUCAAUGUGGAACUUAUUUAAAAACAUUUAAAAAAACAAAAUCUGUUGUUGAAGAUUUUUGUGAACUUUGCUUUCAGCUAAACAAUGCUGGUGUUGUGGUCAAUUAUGAAGAGCUUCGAAGUCAAGUGAAAAAAUAUGUACAAGAUUGUAAAGUCAUUUCUCUCAUAGUUAAUGAUAAUCCAAAUAAUAUUCAUGCCACCAAUUUUUUUGGUAUAUCACUCGAAGACCUCAAAAGUUUUGAAAUCUUAUCAUAUAUCAAGGAGAGUAAGAUAUUUCUUCAUAUGAUGGGUACAAAAUUAACAGGGCUGAGGGAAAAUCCUUUUGAUGAAGAUGAAGAUUCUAACUUACAAUGGAAGCAAUUUCUUGAAUUUUGGACUGAAUUGAAACCAGAUGUUUUCAACUUCAUAAAAACAGUUGACGAAGGAACUUUAUCGUUGACAGAAGUCGCUGGACAUUUUUCAUGUUCACGUGACAAUGAAAGGGAAACAAAUUUUGAAGUUCAACUUCUUUAUGAUUUUUAUCGAACAUAUUUUGUUGAUGCUUCAGAAUUGGAUGUAGACUCAGAUAAUUCAAUGGAUAUCACUGAUGAUGUGGACAAAGAUGACACUUCUUUGAAGUCGAAAAAUGCCGAAUCAUCAGCCGAGACAGUUGAGGAUAAAAAACUUAAAAAUUUGAAUGACCGGGUACGACAAAUUGUCAACACAUUCAAGCAGAAUGAAGCUGGCAGUGCAGUUGAUGUUCUGCUUCGACUUCGAGACAGGUUUCGACUCCAAGGAAAUUUUGAAUUUAUUGAAGACAGGAAGAAAAUGUUGACAGAGCAGGAAAAUGUCUUGCUUCGAGAAGUACCAAUAAGUUUAGAUAUUCCAGAAGUUUGUAAUAUUCCUACAGAAAAUUUAAAAUUAUUGGAAGCGUUUUUGGAAGAAGAUGAUCUCAUUGAGUGGCUUCAACAAAAAAUGAAUGACAUCAAUGAGGUUAAAGUUAUGUGUGACCUUGCAAUGAUAUUAGCUGGUGAAAACCCAAUGGAAGUUGAUCGUGUUUCAAACUUACUUGGAGCAGUGAUGGGUUUUGCUCCUCUUAUUUUUUGGCCAAAAAAUGUUUCAACAAAUUUGGAUAAUGCAACUGUUGAUGAAGAGUCAGAGCAAACAAUUCAAGAUGUGGAAAUUAAAGAAGUCGAAACAAAUACAGGUCUAAAAGAUCUAUUGGAAAAAUGCAAUCAAGUGUGGAGCAACUAUAAAGGCGAUAAGGACAUCUUAACAAAAUGGAAAGUCACAAGUGAACAACUUCCUUGGUUUAAAGAACUGGAGCAGUUUCACGGUUCAGUUGAAAAGUUGUCACUUAUCAGAACUCAAGAAAUCAAUGAACGAGGAGUUUAUACAAUUGAGAAAAAAGAUGUCAGUGCUCUUCCGAAUGUAGAAAAUUGUUUGAAUUUGGUUGUUCCGGGAAAAGAUGCAACAGACUCAGAUCAAAUCCUCAGCCUUGGAGAACUCUGUGAGUUACAGUCAAAAUUAAUGUUGAUUGCCGGAGAGGCAGAAAAAGGUCAGCGUGAUGUCAACAUAUUUGUAGAAAACUUGACUUCCAUCCAGAAAUUAACAGAAGUAUAUGUGAAGUUACUUGAAUCUGGAUGCAUGCUAUUCAAUGAGUGGUGUCUCACAGUCAGAUGUCUGAGUGAAUCGAGCAAUAUCACAAACACAAUUAAAAUUGACAUCAAAUUUACUUCUGAUACUCCAUUGAUCUCUUCUGUUGGAACUCACACAGAUUUGGACAAACUUACUGGAAUAUUAUCAGAAUCUUUGCAAGGAUGGAUCGAUUAUGUUUCAACAAAACGAAUGGACUUCUACUACCUGAAUGAAUACAGUAUUCAGCAAAUACUUCAUCUAUGUAGACAACUUUGUAUAUUCAAGCAAACAAAACAUUUGCCUGCACAGGUUUUUGCUCUUCUGUCGUUUGUGCGAAAUGAUUUCACUCAAGAAGAUUUAGUAGAAUGUUUAGAAAAUUUAACUGAGACUAUAGAUGAUUCACAAAUGAAAGUUGACAUUGAAGCUGGUGCAAUGGAACUGGAAUCAGAAGAUGACAAUCUGUCUGAUGAUGAAUCAGAGGAUGAGAAUUUAUCUGAUGAUGAAUCAGUUGAUGAAAACGACCUGAUAGAACAUCAGCAAGUAACCCAAACUGAAUUGAAGAAACGUCUUGAAACUGUUAGAAGUUUAGUACGCGAUGGGAUUGAUGAAAAUCUAGCUAAAGCUGCUGUUCAAUCAGAAGGAUGCGAUGAUUUGUCAAAAUUACAAUAUUGGGCUCUUUUGCAUGAUGGAGAAGAUGAUUUAAUUCAAGGGCUUUGUUCAACUUUUAACGAUGCCAUUGAAUUAAAUCAAGAAGAAAGUUUAGAACUUCAAAUGCUGGCAUCAGCUUUAAGUACAAGCGGAAAUACUUUGUUGGAAGUGAUCGGCAGAUUACGAGAAAAUAUUAUAUCAACUAUUGGAAGUAAUUUUUUGGAUUCUGUCAACACUAUAUGCAAUGGCUAUUUGGACGAAGCUAUUGGAAUCGAUUUAGAGGACUACCUAAGUAUUGAACAACUUGGCAAAUGCUUGAACAAUUUGAGCCAGGAAGGUCAAUCUCAUCGUCAACUAAUUCCUGGAUUAAGACAUGGCCAGCCCAAUCUUCUAGUUUGCAAUGAAGAAGAUAUUCUCCCUACAGUGCUAUCGUUGUACAUGAAUAACAUUGAUCAACCUUUACCUGGGAGAUCAGAAGUUGUUAUAUGCAAUGAGGAAACAACUGCAGAUGAAGUUGAAAGAUUUUUUCGAAGAGCAAUGUGUUCUUGUCAGGAUAAUAAUCAGCAUUUGUUCACUUUGGCUUUUGCUGAUAAAUUGAAAUUGGAAGUUUCAACAGCGGUAGAAGAAAUAUUUCGGGAAUUGUCAUCUUGUAACGAAGAAAAACUUAAUAAAAAGUAUCAACUUGUAAUUGUAACAAGCAGUCAAAAGCAUUAUCUCUCAACUUGUUUUGACAAGUAUCUUGUUGAUGGUAAGUGGAGUGCUUCAAUGAGUGAAAUACAAGAUUAUUUGAAACAGCAUCUUGAAAAUAAAAAAACACAAAUGAAAAAAUAUGGCAAAACUGGACUGGACAAUUUUCUUGUAAAAGUUGUAAUGUCGGAUAGAUCUGGAGUUGGGAAAUCAUUAUAUGUAAAACGAGUUAAAGAAAAGCUCGAAGAUUCUGUGAAAAAUAAACUUCAUUCUACUACAAUACGUUUACUUGAGAACAAACUGGACUCUGACUACAUUAUUGAAAAAUUGAAUGACAUAAACAGGCAUAAUGAAACUCAGAAAGACAGUGUUUCAUUGAUUCACAUUGACUUGACACCUGCUGUUCAACAUGGGAUAAAAUCUUUCGCAUUCAAUCUUUUUGUUCUUGGAAGUAUCCAAGGUAGUCAAGGACAAGUGUGGAAAACACAUCCGAAUCAUUUAUACUUUAUUGAAAUGACAGAUUUUGGCUCAACUGGAAAAAAAAGAUUUUCGAAUCAACAUAUAUUGAAUAUGUUGCCCUAUGUGAAAUGUUUUUCUCCGCAAGAGAUAUUGAAUGGAUGCAAUAAAAAUUUUGAUGAACAAAUUGGUAUGGAUGUCGAAGAAUUUUCAUCUGAAACAUUUCAAAGGCCAUAUCAAUAUCUACUGAGACAUGAUAACAAACAGGAUCUGGAUCUUUUUGCCUAUUCUACACCAGAAGGGAACCAAGAUAACUGCAUUGAAGUCUUACUACGUCACUGCUGCAUGCAAAAUCCAUCUUGGGCUCAACUUCGGCACUUCUGUAGCUUUCUCAACGUUCAGCUACAAAAUUGUGAAAAAUCUGUGUUUUGCACCAGUCCAGCUAUAAAACAAGAUUUGAACGGAUUGAAAGAAUUUGCUGUAAAGUUUAUGAUAAGAAUGGCCCAGGAUUUUGCAACCCCGUCUUUAAAAAUUUCAGACAGCAGCAUCUCUGAUAAUCACCGUCAAGGAUUUCAGGCACAUCAAAUUCGAAGAAAGUGGGAGGAAUCAACUCACCCUUAUGUGUUCUUUAAUGAUGAUCGUAAAACCUUGACUUUCAUCAAUGUAAAAAUUAACAAAGAAGGUCAUUUACUUGAUGACAAAGGCCAAAUAACAAAGCACAACAUUGCAACUCCAGGAUUGGUCCAAGCCCUUAAACUCCAAGGAAUGGAUUUGGAAAAAGAUUUUGAUAGUUAUUCUAGGCAAGAAAAGUUGAUUCGUUUGCGACGUGUGUUGGGCGUAGAAGAUGACUAUGACCAGUAUGACCCUGAUCCAAGCUAUGAACUCACAACUGAUAACGUCCUAAAAAUUCUUGCAAUUUAUAUGAGAUUUCGCUGCCAAAUCCCUGUGAUCAUCAUGGGUGAAACUGGAUGUGGCAAGACAAGAUUAGUUGAGUUUAUGAGUAAAUUAAAAGCUGGUAGACCAAAGGCCAAUACUAUUGAGAAUGUUCAAAAUAUGAUUACUCUGAAAAUUCAUGGUGGAAUAACUGUUGAUGAUAUUCAUAAAAGUGUCAAAAAUGCUGAAGAGGCUGAAGUUAUGAACAGGGAAAAGCACAAUCUGACAACAACAUUAUUUUAUGAUGAAGCAAAUACAACAGAAGCAAUUUAUGCAAUCAAGGAAGUUAUGUGUGAUCUUAGUAUUGGCGGAAAGUCUUUUGAAGACUCAAGAUUGCAACUUGUUGCUGCAUGCAAUCCUUAUAAAAAACUUUCACAAGAAGCCAUUAAGAAAUUGGAGGAUUCUGGACUUGGAUAUCGAAUUCAUACAAGUGAAACUGCUCAUUUAUUUGGCAAUAUCCCAGUUCGUACACUGGUAUACAGAGUUGUUGCAUUGCCUCCAAGCAUGCAACCAUUUGUAUGGGACUUCGGGCAGUUGAAUGAUCAUGCAGAAAAAAUUUAUAUAGAGCAGAUGACGAAAAAACUUGCAACUGAUCUUAAGUUGAAUGAGAAAACAAUUUCGAUCAUUAACCUUGUGCUUUCACAAUCACAAAGAUUCAUGAGGACAAGAAAAGAUGAGUGCAGAUAUGUCAGUCUACGGGAUGUGGAGAGGUGCAUGAUAACAUUCAAAUGGUUCUUUGAACAUCAGGAUGUUAUUUUUGACCAUAUUGAAAAAGAAGUUGAAGAAUCUUGUAAAAAGGCACAAAAACCAAUUCCUGAAAUCAACAGAGAAAUCCGAAUAAUAAUACAAACUGUUGGAGUUUGUUACCAUGCAUCACUUGAUGAUAGACAAGCUUUUCGAAAAGUUUUGGUAAAGAAUCUUGCAAUAGCAAAUGUUGAUGAAAGUUACAUAAACAUGGAGCUCACAGCAUGUCAGUCUGUGUUUUUACGCAACAUAAGAAUAGGAGAUAACAUCGCUUGCAAUCAAGCUCUGAAAGAAAAUGUUUAUAUGAUGGCCAUCUGUGCUGAUAUGAAAAUUCCAUUGUUCUUGAUUGGCAAACCAGGAAGCUCAAAGUCAUUGGCAAAAACAAUUAUAACCAACAAUAUGCAAGGGCAGACUUCACAUGCACCUUUGUACAGAAACUUGAAACAGAUUCAUAUACUUUCAUACCAAUGUAGUGCACUCACUGAUGCAGCAGGAAUCAAAAGCGUUUUUAAGCAAUGUGCUCAGCUGCAAAAGAAACAGGAUUUGAAAACGUUUACUGCUGUUGUAGUUUUGGAUGAAAUCGGUCUUGCUGAAGAUUCUGCUAACAUGCCACUGAAAGUUCUUCAUCCGCUUCUGGAGCGUCGAAGUACAGAUCUAACUACUGUCUUACAACCUGAUGAUGAAAGAGUUGGGUUUGUUGGAAUCUCCAAUUGGGCUCUGGAUCCUGCAAAAAUGAAUAGAGGAAUAUUCCUGACAAGAAGUAAACCUACCGAACUUGACUUAAAAAAGACAGGAAAAGAUAUCGUUCAAAAUACCAACUUAUGGAGAAUCAAUGAAGACAUUUUUGAAUCUUUGACAGAAGCUUAUCUGGAAGUUUACAAUGUAGUUCAGGAAAAAGAAUAUUUUGGGCUGAGAGAUUAUUAUAGCCUCAUGAAAAUGCUUUGCCACAAGCUUGCAACUGUUAAAAAAAAUGAAAUUAGCUUUGAAGAUGUUGUUUAUGCCGUUCUUCGAAAUUUUAGUGGAGGGCCCACAGGAGUUCAUGAUACAAUUAUAGAAAAAGUCUUCAAUGUAUUUAAAGAACAAAGUGGCGAUAGCACUCUUGCAAUUCCUAAUAUUCCCUUGCAAAAUAUGAUUUGCGAUAAUCUUUGUGAAACAGAAAGCAGAUUUUUACUUCUUCUGGCUAACCAGUUUUCAGUUGUCCACUUGUUAGAAUAUUGCAUUAAAAAUAACAAUAGAGGAUUUCAUGUUGUGUUUGGUUCGAGUUUUCCAGGAGAUCACAGUUACACUGAAAUAUGUAGAAAUAUAAAUAGAAUUAAAGUAUGCAUGGAAACUGGAAAAACUGUAAUUCUUCUCAACAUGACCGAAAUACACGAAUCACUCUAUGAUGCUCUUAACCAACAUUUUGUGACAUUAGGGGGACAAAAUUAUGUUGACCUUGGUCUUGGAGGCCACAGGGUCAAAUCCAGAAUUUCCAAAGAUUUUAGACUAAUUGUUAGAGAAAAAGACUGCGUUUUUCAUAAAUAUCCAAUACCAUUGAUAAAUAGGCUUGAAAAACACCAUUUCAACUCAGAAAGUCUUUUGGAUGAAGCUUCAAGAAUUGAAUCCGAAGAGUUAUCCUCGUGGGCUUCAAAUUUUACCAAGUUGAAAAAAUCGACAUUUGUCGAAAGCGAUGCAUUUGUUGGAUUUCAUGAUGAUACAAUUAGUUCUGUUGUUCUGACCACAGAUUUUACUAAUGAACUUGAAUGUGAGCAGUCUUAUUGUCCGUACAAAUUUACUCUUCUGCAGUCUUGUUCAAUGGAUGCAUUGUUGAGGUUGAACAAUUCAAGUCUAUGUACUGCUGAAGUGGAUAUGGCUUUGGAAGUUUACUUUAGGCAACAAUGUCAUGACAGACUUGUUGAUGUAUUGAAUAGAUGCAUUGAAGAAAACCAGAAACUUUCAUGUAUGGAGAUUAUUUCGUACUCAAGCAUAUUGUCUGAAAAUGAUAAAUAUGUUCUUGAACAACAACUUGGAAAUAUAGAUGUUAAACCAAUAAUAACACGUUGGUCACUUCAACUUUUCCAUACACAGCAAGAAUAUUCUGAUAAACUCGAUGUUUUUUUUAAUCAGUGCAGUAAACCCAUUGAAAGUUGCACCAAAAGCGUCCAUAUUCUGCUUGUUCAAUGUGCGCAGGCACAAAUAAAUAGUUCUCUUAUAGCUUGUGCACAACAUUGUUUGACGAAUAAAUUACUGGAGUUCAAAAAUAAAUCAAAUAAUAAUUCUAAUGCCACUGUUGUCAUUGCAAUGUUGUUAUCAAUUGAAAGAGAAUGCAAAUUGGGAUCAAAAUCUGAAGCACUUGUACUGCAACAUACACAAGAAUUCAAUAUCAUUUAUGUGGAUGAGCUCCGUCCUACUGACCACCACCUUGCUCCAGCUAGCAAGUUUUUAGGCAAAUCUUUGUCAGAAGUAUUUGAGAUUGGCAAGCAAGAGCUAGAAUUGAAGAAUGAAGAAGUUCUUGUGAAUAUGAAGUCUCUCCUAAGUGAUAGUGUAUGUGAAGCGGUGGCAAAAGUAGAAAGCGAAAAAAAACAGAGCAAUAGAUACUUCAAGCGUAUUGAAAUACUGAAAAAAUUGUUUUUGGAAAAUAAAGAUGCCAAUAAAUAUUUCUGCAAACUUCUGCUUGAUAAAAUGGUAACUGUUUUGUUGGAAAAACAUGAACAAAAUGAUAAUAAAGAUUGGAUUGAAUCAGAAGCUUUGAACAGAGAAAACUUGCAAGAGGGAGGGACAUUCAGAAAAACUAUCUGGCUUUGUUUGAAGAAGCAUGCCGCUCGCAUUCUUGCAUGUGUUGUUAGUGUCAUUGAUCGAGACAAUAACAUGGAUCUUAUUGAAAACGAAUCUGUCGCUCCCUGGUUAACCAACAUGUGGUUGAGCAUGUUCGAGCUACUAGACAUAACCUGGACAGAUGUGACUAAAUCAGCAAAAUUCACCAUACCCGGAUCAAUGUAUGCUAACAAAUGUUGUCAAUUGCCAUUCAGCUUUAUAAUCAUUGAUUUUCUCAAUACAGAAUAUGCUUUAGAAUCUAAGCACUGCAGAAAUCUUAAUGAAGUUUUUCCUGGAUUGUUUCAAAAUCAAAAAAUGUAUGAAGUCGUUGUUAAUGCUCUGAAGAGUGCACAAAUUUCUGUUAUGAAGGCAUUUGUAAGUGAUCUUGUAACAACUCUGUACAUUCCUGGUUCGGAUGAUGCGAAUGAAGCCAAACUUAUCGAAGAUACUAUUUUUAAAAUGUCUCUGACAGCUUUCAAAACUGCUCGACACAGACCAGAGUUUCAUUCUGGGGGAGAAAUUGCAAUAAUAUUCCUGACAUACAAAGAACUUGAGAGGAAGUUACAGAUAUUUUCAACAGUUGUUCAUGCUUGUCCAAAAAUAUUGGAAAAUGCAAAGACCUGGGAAAAGAAUCAAUCUGAAGCAUUCAUUCUUCAUCUUGAAGCAGCAAAAGACACAUUAAAAAUAUUUGAAAAAUAUGGCAGAAAAGAUUGA